AUACCACAGGGUUUCGGCAGCCAAGAUGGACGUCAACAAGAAAACGAUGCAGGCGCUCGCCAGGUGCGCCCUCGACUCUGGCUACAUGACAGUUGAGGAGGCGAGGGCGGCCAUGGACAAUGGCACAUAUCUCACCGUGACGGCUGCACAGCAGCUUGCCAACAAGGCAUCCGACGGCGGAUACAUGAGCGUGGACGACAUGCGGGGCCUUGUUGCCCUCGGCAGUCAGGAUGAUGCACCGGGUGCACAGCGGUUGGGCAUGGACACGCUCUCCUGCUUGGCCCAGCUGGCCGUGGACACGGGAUACAUUACACACGAGGAGGCGCGGGCGCUGUCCAGCCAGACAGACACCUACAUCUCCAUUGUUAAAGGUGCAGGGGAAGACACCUACCUGACCAUCGCAGACGCCGCAGGGCCAAGGCUGCUGUCGGAUGAGGAGCGAGGUCGUGGUGUUCAGGAAGCGCUGUACGAAGAGCUCCCUGUCCUGCCCCCACAACCAUCAUCAUCGUCACCAUCAUCAUCAUCACAGCAGCAGCAGCAGCGCCCGCUGCCGUCCGUACCGUCCGCGCCAGCACAAGUUGGCAGCAGUGGUGAUGGUGGUGAUAUGGGUGAUGCUGAUGUAAAGAAGAAGAAGGACAAGAAGAAGAAGAAGGAGAAAGUCACGAAGCCACCAAAGCCAGAACACGAAAUGACACCCAAGGAGCGCGCAAAGGCAGAGAAGCAGCGGUUGAAGCAGGAGAACAAAGAGAAGCGGGAGCGGCACAAGCAGCAGAUGAAGGAGGAAAAACAGCGACAAAAGGAGGAGGAAAAAAGUAUGUUGAGUGGGCUGUGGGAGGAGGUGAGCAAGUCGCACCGGCGGAUGACGCUGGAGAAGGAAGAGCUGCGGCGAAAAGCGAAAGAGGCGCGGGCAAAAGCAAAGGCCGCAAGGAAGAGCAGCAAGAAGGACACAGAUGACAAGGGCGCCGCACCCAGCAGUACCAGCAGCUCCAGCAGCUAUGCCAAUGGUGGUGGUGGCGGUGGUGGUGUGUGCGGGUUGAGUGAUGUGAGCAGACAACAGCGCGAGCGUGCGAGAAACACUAGCGCAGGUGCUGUUGGUGGUGAUGGCAGAAGUCGAAGCAGGGCCAAUGCUGGUGGUGCACACAGGACUCGGGCACACCCCACUACAGCGGCACACGCAAAGCAGAAACUGUCCGUGGAAGAAUUCAGCGAGCGGCGGCGGCGGUCAACAACACAGGCGGAGGAGCGAGCCGCCUUCUAUCUUGCGUUCCCUCCCCCAGAUGCGGAGGAGACGCGCAUUCGCUGGAUGGCCCAGCCCGUCUCAACCAGAUACACGGCCGUCAAGCCAUUCAAGGCAACGAAAGACGGGUUCGUCUCUGUCAACACCGACGACCUCAUCACCGUCCUCCAACAGGACGAGUCUGGGUUCUGCGUCAUCAUCAACAACAAGAACGGCCGCAAAGGCCUCUGCCCUCGCUCCUACCUCAAACCUGCCACCUCCUUCUCCUGA